AUGGAUAGACUACAAAGACUGCUCGGACAGGCUGGAGGACUGGGUGGAACCAGCGGACCAUUAUCUGAUGGACCAGCAAUUGAUACUGCAGAGACAGUUCAUAUAUCUUCUCUAGCGCUACUAAAAAUGCUCAAACAUGGAAGAGCAGGUGUGCCGAUGGAAGUGAUGGGCUUGAUGCUGGGUGAGUUUGUCGACGAAUACACAGUUCACGUAAUUGACGUGUUUGCAAUGCCUCAAUCGGGAACUGGUGUCAGUGUUGAAGCCGUCGAUGAUGUUUUUCAAACGAAGAUGAUGGAUAUGCUAAAACAAACGGGGAGAGAUGAAAUGGUUGUCGGAUGGUACCACUCACAUCCAGGUUUUGGAUGCUGGCUAUCGUCUGUAGAUAUCAACACACAACAAUCGUUUGAACAGCUAAACAAGCGAGCUGUAGCUGUUGUUAUUGAUCCAAUCCAAUCGGUCAAGGGUAAGGUAGUGAUUGAUGCCUUCCGAUUAAUCAACUCGACGUCUCUUCUUAUGGGUCAGGAGCCUCGUCAAACAACGUCCAACUUGGGAUUACUCAACAAACCAUCAAUCCAGGCAUUAAUUCAUGGUCUUAAUCGUCAUUACUAUUCUCUAAACAUCGACUACCGUAAAUCCAACAACGAAAUCGGAAUGCUACUAAAUCUACACAAGAAAGAAUGGCAGUCAGGUCUGAGAAUGAAUGACUAUGCUAUCAAGGAAGCCAACAAUGUGGAAGAUACAAAGAGACUGGUUCAGAUUGCAGAACAGUAUGUUACUCGUAUUCAAGAAGAACGAGAUCUUUCCGAAGAACAGCUGAAGACACGAUAUGUGGGAAAACAGGAUCCCAAGAAGCAUCUUGCGGAGAUUUCUGAUACCCGAAUUGAGGAAAAUGUCGUAUCAUUGUUAUCGGGAAAUGUUAAUUCUCUUUCCAUUUGA